AUGGGAAUAUUCGUGUGCCUUAUUGCAAAGAAACUGCUCUCUAUCGUAUCGAAGCUCAUCUACAAGAACUUCCUGGGAUCAGUUACGAAACCAGUUAGUGCAGAUGCUGCUGCAGUAUACGGAGAAGCAAGAUAUAUCUGGCCUUCUAUGUGUCCCAUCCGACCAGGGAAAUUUCGAUUUGUUGUUGACACACACACCUGCAUUGAGUGA